AUGGAGCACUCCAAGACUGGCAAGCACUUAUCCUGGACGGGGGACAUGGAUGGGAAGCGGCGGUGCUUCCAAAAGGAGAUAUGCUGCUGGAGUCAGGUGGAAGGAGAGCAGCUAGAUGAGGAGUCGGCUUCCGAGGACUCCGUCCUCGAGCGCGCCGAUGUGGCACUGAUUCGGGAGAUUGACCCGGCAGAUGCUGACCUCUACAUUGAUGCCAUCUUCUCGCCCCUCUACCGGUGUUUCAAGGCGUCCAGAGGGCUUCAGGUGAGAGACUAUGUGGUGGUGGCAUUCUUCUUGUUGGUCAAUGUUGGACUGCAGUAUGCUCUUUCCUACAAAGUUUGGGAGAUUGCAACUGAUGGCGACAGUCAUGGCACCUACGUGGAUCGGCAAAAGGUCUUCGGGCUGUGCAGGAAGAUGGAUGCGGACAGUCCCUUGUUCGGUCUGCUCUGGCCCAUUGAGCUGAAAUCCGACUUCCCAGAAAAGGGGUUCGACUGCGGACUCAACCAGGUGACUGUCGCCAUGAACCCGACGCUACUCGAAGAAAAGGAUGAGCCCGGAUGGUGGAGCAUCGACAGCAAGUAUUCCUCACUCGUCAGAUCCUUCGACGAGGAGAUGGCGAAGCUGGGUAUCGAGAAGAGGUCCAACCUCAGUUCCGCCGUGCACCAGAUGAUCUAUGAUAGUAACGACGAGGAAUAUGAAGAAUGGUUGAGCAUGGACUACCUGAAAAUGCGACGAGGCCGAUUCAAGCUUUGUCUCCUGGCGGACACGAACCUCUGCGGCAACUUGCAGAACGACGGCGUUCUGGCGGAGAUCUUCCCAACGAUUGAGAAGGAUCGCCUCGGAAAUUGCUCACAAGGAGAAGAUGAUGUUUGGGGUUGCAAUGACGUUUACACUGAAAGAUCCCUGCAGAAGUGCAAAGACCAGAUGACGACCUGGUGCGGCCACAUCUUCGGCAGCAGCUAUCAGGAUUACGCCCUGAAGAAGCACCAGGUUUGUGAUACGUUUGGCAAGCAGAUUCUUGCCCCUGGGGUGUGGGGAGUGGAGUCAUACGAUGUGGUUGAGAAGUACCAUGGUGAAGGCAACUCGAUUGACACUUUCUCCUUCGCGAUGCUUCUAUACAUGGUUCUGCUUAUCUGGGCCAUGCUGAUACUGGAGGAGUACCGAACCAUCUACAACUCUGUCAUUGUCAUCCACACGACAGAGUCCACAAGCAGCACACACCCAGAUGACUUUGCAACAACAGACCCAGAUGGCUUAAUGGAGCUGACGAAGCUGCCCAGAGUGCACAAGGCGUUUGCGCUCGGCGUGUGUUUUGCUCGAUCCAUGGUUGGGCUGGUCGUUGCCAUUGUGGGGCUGGUCCUCCUAUCAUCCACUGACAGCUUGCUUGACCUCAUUCUCAACUGCACGGCCUUGGGAUUCCUGCUCGAGGUGGACAACCUGAUACACCGCGCAUUCUUCGGCCUGGCCUUCAAGCUGACGAUCACGGACAACUGCGCGCCCCUUCGGUGCACAUCUGAGGAAUAUGCCGGCAAGUGGCGCCCUGUGCGCUAUUUGAUGGUGGUCCUCCCAGCAAUUUUCCUCUGGGAGGGUGAAGUGUACUUCAUCACAACAGGACUUAUUGACGUGGGCAAUGCGAUCGAAUGUUUGUGCCAGAACAGCGGCGAGAAGUGUCUGGGUGAACGCUUAUUGGCCGUUGGUAAGAAUAUCUCAGGGAACGUCCUGACUACAUAG